AUGGCCUCUGCCACUGCAGAUGAUGAUGGCGACGUUGACGACACUAUCCAUCUGUUGCAGAGUGACCAUUGCAUGGACAAGGUUGCUAUGUGCGCAUACUGGAUCCUGAAGAACAUCGACCCAGGCCUGAAGACGAGCCUCCUGCUGGAAGACGCGACCCGCCACCCGAUUCACAUAGUGGACGUUCUGAAGGGCCCGGUGGAAAGCGAUCUGAUUGCCAAUUACCACUACAUCAAGGGAGCCAUCACCGCGAUGCCCGACAAGAUCCCGAGCGUGUACUUCUUGGCGGACGCCCUCCGCGUGCAGGAUCACCACUUGCAGGGGAAUUUGCUUCGCCUGAACCGCCAGAUCGUGAAAGACCUGAAGCUCGACACCAAGGAUGCGCUCGCGAUCUAUGUUGCUGGGUUGCGGAAAAGGUGCCUGCAGUACUCGCGCUCACUCUUGCGAGGCUCGAAGGGCGGCCCGGCAUCUCGGUCGCCGGAGGUGCAGGACCUGAAAGCUAGCGCGUGCUACACGUGCAAGCCCAGGACAAGCUCCAGCACUGGCUCUACGGGAACUCCUGCAGGCACGGGAGUUGUGGACAUCCACUCUUCAGAUGAGGAUCAAGCUGGUCUCGGGUUCUCUGAGAUGGAAAGCAACCCGUGCUGCGACUCCGACGGCGCCGGGCAUGAGGAGAGCGGAAAGGCCUUGAAGGCCUUGGAGGACGGUGCGCAGAAGCCCUUCGGCGGCCAGGAUCCGGGGGUCGACGCCUUGCGAGACGGCUCGCGCACGCCCCUCGAGGGCGGCGACGCCGCGCCCAAGAGCGGCAUGGCCUGGGAGGCCUUGGAGGACGGUUCGCAGUUGCCCUUCGGUGGCCAGGAUCUGGAGGUCGACGCUUUGGGAGACGGCUCGCGCGCGCCCCUUGAGGGCGGCGACGCCGCGCCCAAGAGCGGCGCAGAUAUGGCGGUCGACGACGGCGUGAUAGUGGAUGGCUGUCAGGCUGCGGCUGAGCAGGGGCCAUGGCCAGAGGACAGUCUAGCUGCGGCUGAGCAGGAGCCAUGGCCAGAGGACAGUCUAGCUGCGGCUGAGCAGGAGUGGCCAGAGGACAGUCUAGCUGCGGCUGAGCAGGAGUGGCCGAUGGGCAGUCAGGCCGAGGCUGAGCAGGAGUGGCCGAUGGGGAGUCAGGCCGAGGCUGGGCAAGAUCAGUUGCUAGAGGGCGACGGCAAGGACGAAGCCAUGGGCAGCGGUGGUGGCCGGAAGGACUACGACGACCUGGUGGAGGAGAGUCCCAGCAUCGAGGCGAUCGAUGACGUCGGCGACUUGACAGAAGACACCCUUAACCUGGCAGGCCAGCUCCAGGCGCAGGAAGACGGCGAUGCGGCGGCGAGCAGCGCCAAAGACAUGGAGUACGUUGCUGAGCUGUGUGGCUGCGAAGGCCCUCCAUUAGACCCUGUCCCGGACAUGCGCUCGCGAUACCUUCGCCCGCGGGCCGAGCCCAUCAGGCCAGUGGUGGAGCAAGUCAGAGGUGAGAUGGCAGCAGCACCGCCGCCUCCUGUCAGCAGCAUCGAACAGAACUUGCUGCAGAGCGGCAAGGGCAAACACGGCAAGGGCAAGGGCGACAGCUCGGGCAAGGACGAGGCCCACAGCUCGGGCAAGGGCAAGCACGGCAAGGGCAAGGGCGACGGCUCGGGCAAGGACGAGGUCCACAGCUCGGGCAUGGUCAAGCACGGCAAGGGCAAGGGCGACGGCUCGGGCAAGGACGAGGUCCACAGCUCGGGCAAGGGCAAGGGCAAGGGCGACGGCUCGGGCAAGGACGAGGCCCACAGCUCGGGCAAGGUCAAGCGCGGCAAGGGCAAGGGCGACAGCUCGGGCAAGGACGAGGUUCACAGCUCGGGCAAGGGCAAGGGCGACAGCUGGGGCAAGGACGAGGUCCACAGCUCGGGCAAGGACGAGGUCCACAGCUCGGGCAAGAAGCGCGCCGGGAACUCCGGCGGCUCCGAGCCCAGGGCCAAGGUGAGCAAGGGCCAGUGCAAGGGCAAGCAGACCAAGGAGGGCUACGCGAUCCCGAACAACAUGCCGAGUCGGGCCUACCCCCAGAGCGAGCUACCAAAAGGCCUAGGGGGCUCUAGCUACACGUUGGCCCAGCAUGAGAAUGGGAGCCAGAUCAAAGUACUGUUGCAUCAGAAAGCGUUCUGGAUUUGCAAGACAUCGAACGGCGAGCCCCCCCAGCAACGUCACAUCACGUGGAGCGAGCACGGCGGGAUCAAGGCAUCCUGGGACCUAGCAUGCUCCAACUCAGGGUAUCCACAGGACCAUGCCUAA